AUGGAAUCGAUCAAUAGCGAUAAGUAUACAGACAGCAUGAUGGAUAACAUGCCAGUGAGUAAGAUCCAGUUCUCUGGUGAAAGUAAUGAGUACGUCAUUUUAGGCAAAAAAAAGUACUACAAAAAUGAAUUGUUAUCAGCAUUUGGGGGUACAUUAAAUCCUGGUUUAUCACCUCCAUCAAAAUAUAACUUUGCUAAUCCAGUACCAUUGGGAUUAGCAGCUUUUUCAUUCACAACUUUUGUUUUAUCAAUGUAUAAUGCUGGGGCCAUGGGUGUUCAUACACCUAAUGUUGUUAUUGGUGGUGCUUGUUUCUAUGGGGGAGCAAUCCAAUUAUUGGCUGGUAUCUGGGAUUUAAUUUUGGGUAACACUUUUGGUGGUACUGCUUUAAGUUCAUAUGGAGGAUUUUGGUUGUCAUUUGCAUCCAUUUAUUUGGAAGAUUUUGGUAUUGCAAAAGCUUAUGAAAAUGAACCCGAACAAUUUGGUAAUGCUGUAGGGUUUUUCUUAUUAGGUUGGGCCAUAUUCACAUUCAUGUUGGUUUUAUGUACCACAAAGUCAACAGUUGCAUUUUUUUCACUUUUCUUCACCUUAUUUAUAACUUUUGUCUUAUUAGCUUGUGGAGAAUUUACUGGAAAUGCUAAAAUUACUAAAGCUGGGGGUAUAAUCGGAGUUAUAACUUCAUUCAUUGGUUUCUAUAAUGCAUUUGUCGGUGCAGCUACAAGACAAAACUCUUACAUUGUGCCUAAGGUUAUUCCUUUACCUCAUUGA